GUCUUUCGCAUCGUUCAGCUCCCGCCCGCCGAAGCCAGGGACUAUCUGAAGGAGCUGCUUGUGAAGCAAGAAGCUUGCACCAUUUGCAGUCAUCCUCCAUUCACGGGCGUUUUGCUGGAUUACUUCAAAGCCAGAGAUGAGAGCGUUGAAGCCGCCCAGCAAUUGCAGGCGGCGCUGUAUGACACAGCCCUCUCAGCCACCUGCUCCUCGCAGAAUGUUGAAAAGUUGCACGCCCACGCGCAAGUCUCGCAGAAAACGCUCCAGAAUGCAGGCCCCCGCCCAGGCACACUACAACGUCAGACCUAUGUGAUGGCAGCGCGCAUUUUGCACAGCCGCAUCAAGGGCCUCAUUGAGCGGGAGGUAUUUGGUGGCAACUUUGCGAGGGCUCGCAAGUUGAUGGGGGCACGCGUGGUGUCACGCAGCAAAGCAGCAAAUCCCUCUCUCAAAAAUUACGCGGCUGGAGCAGCGCAAGAAGGCCGCAAGCGGGCCAAGUUUGUGAGACAGCAAGUCCUGAAGAUCCAGACGAAAGCAUUGUCUGAUGAAUACAAGACAUGGCUGUCCAACCCUCAGCAGCGUGAGCAUUUGUUGGAGAAAGCAGAGCAGAUGGCGGCGGCCAGGCAAGCAGUGUCGGACACUGUUUUGGGUGCGGACGUGGGUGGUGGUGAUGAAGAUGGUCAGGCGGUGGAUGCUGCCAAUCUGUCAGAGCGGCAGAAGGCUAGGCUGGGGCAGGCCCGGUUGAACAAGUCCCUAGCAGCUUUGUUCAAGCAUCCUGCAUGGGGGCAAGGUCUGCGUGCGCAAGACCCCAACACGGCGCUGGCGGCGUCUCACGUGUUGAGUGAGAAUGCAUUGUCCGAGCAGCAGUCCCGCGAAGAGUCGAACGCAUUGUUUCAUUUCGAUGCGCAGGUGCUUGAGAACCCAGCGGCGAUGCCAUCCAUGACUCGAACAUGCCAGGAGACACACGGUGGAUUGUGCCAGGAGGAGUCCGGGUCAGCU